AACAAGAUUAUCUCCUUAUCAUGAUUAAUCUUUAAAACGAAAUGCUCAUCUCUUGACUAAGACUUGACUUCAAUGGCGAUUCUAAAACCCUAAGCGAAAUUCCAAAAAUGACUAAAGAUCACAUUGCGGAGGUGAAGUCUCUAGAGGCGUUGAUUGGUGGUUCUUUCCCGGCGAAUCUCUCAAAACUAUCUUCGUCUUCUCGUACAAUUCCGACGAACAGAGAUUUCCAUUCUCUCUACAAGUCCGACGAGUUCAAGCGUCCGAUCGAUGAGAUAGCUCGGACCUCGCAGUGUGUUCUUGAGACGAUUGGUGGUAAGAAAUCGAUGACCUUUCCAGGUGAUGAUGAUGCGUAUGAGUCGCUGGUUAAAGUGAACGAUGAGAUUCUCGAGAAAUUUGAUGAUUCCAUUGAUGAGUUCAAGAGGAAUCGAAAGAUGGAGGAAGAUUCGAAGAAGGCAAUUGAUGUGAAAGUAGCUGAGAGUAAUAAGAGAUUUGAGAAACAUGGCAAAGCAAAGGCUCCGUUUCAUUUGCCAACGAUAACGAAGCCUCAAGAGGAGUAUAAGAUUUUGGUGGAAAAUGCAAAUAAACCCUUUGACCAUGUUUUGUUGGAGAAGAGUGAGGACGGUCUUCGGUUUGUUCAUCCAUUGGAGAAACUUUCGGUGAUGGACUUUGUCGAUAAAAAUCUAACUGAGAUUAUUCCUGUUAAGCCUCUCCCAUUGGAAGAGACUCCAUUCAAGCUUGUUGAUGAAGUCAAAGAUCUCGAGGACUUAGCUGCGACAUUGCAAAGUGUUGAAGAGUUUGCUGUUGAUCUGGAGCAUAAUCAGUAUAGAUCUUUUCAAGGAUUAACGUGCUUGAUGCAAAUCUCCACCAGAACCGAGGAUUAUAUUGUUGAUACAUUCAAGCUUUGGGAUCACAUUGGUCCUCAUCUAAGGGAACUCUUCAAAGACCCUAAAAAGAAAAAGGUAAUGCAUGGAGCAGAUCAUGAUAUUAUUUGGCUUCAACGGGACUUCGGCAUUUAUGUCUGCAAUCUUUUUGACACAGGACAGGCCUCAAGGGUGCUAAAGCUGGAGAGAAAGAGUCUGGAAUUUCUUUUGAAGCAUUAUUGUGGAGUUGCUGCAGACAAACAAUACCAAAAUGCAGACUGGAGAAUACGACCCCUUCCAGAUGUAAUGACAAGAUAUGCUAGAGAAGAUACACAUUAUCUUUUGUACAUUUAUGAUGUAAUGCGAAUAGAUUUGCACACAAUGGCAAAGGAAGAUGAGCAAUCUGACUCUCCUCUGGUAGAGCAGGCAUACAAGGGCAGUUAUGACGUGUGCAUGCAACUAUAUGAGAAAGAGCUUUUGACUGGGGAUUCAUAUCUUCACACUUAUGGGGUUAGGUCAGGUAAUCUCAAUGCGGUUCAACUUUCCAUUGUUGCGGGUCUUUGUGAAUGGCGGGAUCGCAUUGCACGUGCAGACGAUGAGAGCACCGGUUAUGUAUUACCAAAUAAAACUCUUUUUGACAUAGCCAAGGACAUGCCAAUUACUACUGCUCAGUUGCGCCGGUUGUUGAAGUCAAAGCAUCCUUACAUCGAGCGUAAUUUUGACGCAGUGAUCAGUGUCAUCAGACGAUCAAUGCAAAAUGCAGCGGCAUUCGAGCCAGUUGUUCAAUCUUUAAAAGAUUGGCGUCCUGAAACAGUGGUUGAAAAGAAUAUUGAACCUAAGAUUGAGAAAACAGGCACAGAAGCUUCAUCUUCUUCUCUGAGUUUAAAGAAGUUUUCUGUGGAUGAUUCAAAGAAACAAAGCAGCAGUGGUUUUGGAAAUUUGCCGUCAAAGAGAAAGCUUGAAAGCGACAAAAAGGUAAAAGAAGAGGUCAAAGUGUCCAAGUCCAAGCCAAAUGAGGUAAUCAUAGUGGUGGAUGAUGAUGACGAUGACGAUGAUGAGUCUUAUGAACAGAGCUCGGAAACCGCUGAUGCUUUGAACAGAGUUUCAGAAACACCUUCUAAUGGAUCACUAUCGAUGACUCAAAAGCCGAAGAUAUGUAAUAAGGAGAUAAUAGUGUUAGACGAUGAUGAUGAGUCAGAGAAUGACUCGGAAAGCAGAGAAGAGGAAGAGAUGCGUAGGAGAAGUGAGAAGCAUAGGAGAUUCAUGAAUAUGAAACGAGGCUUUCUUAACAUUUAGAGCCCUUUCAUUAGCUUUUGUGGUACAUUGUGCAAUGUUUUGGUCGCUAUUCUCAGACAAUAGACAAUCUAUCUUGACUUGUAUUGUAUGUGUAUACAACAAGUAGACAUAUGCUUUAUAUAUGUUAAUUGAAUUUUUGAUUAACCAGAAACGAAACAUUGCAAUUA